AUGAGCAACAAUAGCCAGGUGAUUGUCAAUAAUACUAAUAUAUUUAUCGUUAGUAUGAUAAGGUACGGCUCCAUAGUAUUAUUGACUCUUGGAACAUUAUUUAAUGUAGCAGUAAUUGGAAUAUUUUACAGGAAAGAACUGCGCCAGUCCAAAAUGCCUCCGUACCUCAUUUGCUUAGCGAUUGUAGAUUUAGCUAGUGUAUGGAUCAAUUACCCACAAUUUAUUUGUUGUGCAAAUGUUAUAGAAAAUCAGACUGGAACAUUCUUUCCGUUACAUCCAAGUGUCAACGUAAUAAGUUAUUCUUUGAAUAUGAUUUCCACGUGGUUAAUCGUAGUCAUAUAUUUGGAACGCUUGAUGGCAGUUUACAGUCCAUUUUCUCGCCUACAGUCCUCUAAUACGUACACUCCAUACGUGGUAAUGUUCUUUCUUUUUUAUUUGUGCUUUUAUAAUAAACAUCACGACGUAUAUAUAUUGUUAAAAGACUAUUGGCUUACCCUACACUAUUCAGUCAUCUUAUAUGCAUUCAUACCAGCGGCCUUCUUAAUCAGCAGUUCAAUACUUAUGAUUUAUAAGCUACUCCGACGACCAAAUCUCGACCAGCAGUUUCAACGGAACUCUUCAGCAAGGUCUAGGAAUACCAUUCGUCUUGUAAUCGCUAUAGAUACUAUAAUUCUUUUAACUAAGUUCCCAGUAUCUAUUUGCAUCACUUUCUUGAAUCCCAAUAAUGAGAUGCACCAAAGUGAUUCAAACACCAUUGUUGUUCUAAGUGCCGUACCUAACAUUCACAACUGCGUGAAUUUCUUAUGUUAUGUAACUACAAGCAAAGUGUUUCGUGAAAAUUUGAAGCAAGUAUGUUUUCGAAAGCCUACAGGGAUACAACAAAGAAUAUACACCUUGCAAAACCCACCUAAAAAUCAGCGAAAUCAGCUGUAAACCAUUAGAGGUUGAACCACAAACCAGAGAGGAUAAGAACGACAGCAGAGAAAGGCUCGACAAAAUCAACCUCGUUCCUUACCAACAAUGCCAUGCUGUCAAUGACAUCGAUUUGUGUAUGCAAGAAUUGUACAACAGCAUCAUUGAACGGCAUCACCACCGUUGAAUGAUGGAAGUGUUCAACAAAGAAGAAAACAAAUACUGUUAUCUGUGAUAAAGCCGACAACGACGUCGACGAGUUUAAAACAUUAACACCAUGAAUUUAAAGUUUUAUAAAUCAGAAUCUGUAUAUUCACAACGGCUGAAAGUAUACAGGUGCUUGGCAAAGUAAUGUCUUGCUGGUUGUUUCGUUAACGCGUCGAGAAAAAUACUUAGCAGCAUUUCAUCCGAAUUUAUAUUAAUUGCUAAAACCGCAUAAAUAUGUAUCGUGUGCCCUAACAAUUCACCAAUUCGUCGCUUUAACUAUGAAUGAAAAUAUGAAUUGUUGAAAUAAUAAUAAUAUUGAACUUCAAGCGGUUUCACGCAAAUCAUUAAAUUGUAUAUAAAAUGAAAUGCAGUCACAUCCAUUAACAAUGAGCAACAAUAGCCAGGUGAUUGUCAAUAAUACUAAUAUAUUUAUCAUUAGGAGGAUAAGGUACAGCUCCAUAGCGUUCUUGACACUUGGAACAUUCUUUAAUGUAGCAGUAAUUGGAAUAUUUUGCAGGAAAGAACUGCGCCAAUCCAAAAUAGCUCCGUACCUCAUUUGCCUCGCGAUUGUAGAUUUAGCUAUUGUAUGGAUAAAUUACCCACAAUUUAUUUGGUAUGCAGGUAUGAUGGAAAAUUCGACGACUGAAAUAUUCUUUCUGAUGCAUCGAAGCGUUAACGUAAUAACUUAUUCUUUAAAUAUGUAUUCCACGUGGUUAAUCGUAGUCAUAUCUUUGGAACGCUUGAUGGCAGUUUACAGUCCAUUUUCUCGCCUACAGUCCUCUAAUCCGUACUCUCCGUACGUGGUGAUGUUCGUCCUUUUUAUUUGUGUUUUCGUAAUAAACAUAUCAAUGCAUAUAUUGCUAAAGGAUGAUAUUACACUAUUCAGUCAUCUUAUAUGCAUUCAUACCAGCGGCCUUCUUAAUUAUCAGUUCAAUACUUAUGAUUUACAAGCUACUCCGACGACCAAAUCUCGGCCAGCAGUUUCAACGGAACUCUUCAACAAGAACUAGGAAUACUAUUUGUCUUGUAAUCUCUAUAAAUACUAUAUUUCUUUUAACAACGUUCCCAGUAUCUAUUUGCAUCACUUUCCUGAAUCCCAAUAAUGCGAUGCACCAAAUCGAUUCAAACACCAUCGUUAUUCUAACUGUCGUGGCUUACUUUAACAAUUGUGCGAAUUUCUUAUGUUAUGUAAUUACAAGCAAAGUGUUUCGUGAAAAUUUGAAGCAAGUAUGUUUUAGCAAGCCUACAGUGAUACAGCUAAGAAUGUACACCUUACAAAGCCGACCGAACACUACAGCGUAAUCAGAUAAGUUCAGCUCUAAGUUGCUGAAGCAGAAAUGUCGUUAAAAUAAUUCUGUUCAACACUGAAGAUUUGCUAAUUUUUGACAUGUAAUUCUUGGAAGGUAAUCAGAGAAAAAUUCACGACAGAGUAACAAGAAAAAAAAAAACUAAAUUUUUCUAUCGAUUGUGCAAAACCAAGCCUCUACCUAAACAAAUGACCCCUAACUUAUUCUAGCAGCUUGGACAACUGCGAACUAUGAUUGAAGUACCAGGUGUGGGAAGGCCAUAUUCGCGGAGGUCUCAGGGCAACAUUUAGCAUAUAAAGAGCCUUUAACAGGCUGGGCAUAUCUCGAAGCUCACUAUAGAAGAUUUAAAGGAUACUAUAUUCAUUCCUAUAUUUCCUGUGGAAUUAUUUGAAAGACAAUGUAUACAAUAACAAACCUGGAAUCGUCCAGAAAUUUAAGGCGAAAAAAUUGUGGGAAUAAUUAAAAAACACUACAGAUAAAAUACUCUUUAGAAAGAGCUCGCCGUUUUCAAGAAAGAAAUGCUGGCUAUUUGAAAGGACAUAAUUUUUAAAACUAGUUUUAAAUGCUUACCAAGAAGUAACCUUAUUUUAAUCACCAGAUUUGUCGUAUUGAGCCAUACGGUCAAAUAUCGGACAACAAAUUCAAAACACCAUCUCAAUGUUCAGAAGAACCAUAAUUUGUGUUGUGAUGGCAAAUGGAUGAUUUAUUUCUGCGGGCAACAUUUCCGACUUCAAUAUAUUACUGUAUAAGAACGCAAGAAGUACUUUACAUAAAUUUCGACACUCUUUCGUCUCUUGCGUUUUUCUGCCCUCAUUAAUCACUGUCUGAACUUCAAUUGCUAUAUGAUUUACAAGUAGAGAGUUUCCCGAAAGUUACAGAAACAUAUGUUUUCGAAAACCCACAUUCGUGAGACAGACUGUAUACAGAUUGCAUCAAAAAACCAA